GCGGGGCCGUUGCCGGGAGACGGCGCGCGCGGCGCAUGGCGGCCCGCUACGGCGCGGGGCAGUACGAGGACGCCUUCAGCCCCCACCGCCUGCAGAACUGGAGCGUGCCCCGGCCCGGCCGGCAGCGCCCCUCGCUGCGGGAGGGCUCCACGCUUAUCGUCGCCAAUGACCGGGGGCACCUGCUCCCCACCGUGCCCCGCUCCCAGGCGUCCCCAUGGGGCAGGUUUGUGGGGACCUGGGAGAUGCCGCCCAGGAUUCCCCCGGCCAGGCUGGACCUGACCUCCCGCUCGGCCACCGCUGCCGCACGGCUCAUUGACUGGAUCCACCAACCCACCGCCCUGAGCUGCGCCUGCAAUGGUCUCCAGACGGAGAUCACCGGGAAGCCCCAAGAGCCUCGGUCGGAUGCGCAAAUGGCCGAGGAGCCUUCCCGACGGAGCAGUCGGGCAUCCGUCAAGCGCAGCCAGCACAGCAGGACCUCUCCCGGGACACCGCCGGAGAAGCCGUCUGGCCCCAGAGCAGGAUCCGCGGCCACAGCACCACUCUCCCAGGAGCCCAGCUGCACGGAGCUCCAGCUGAAGGCAGACACUUCCCUGCAGCCUCUGGCCACGCACCAGCCUUGCUCCCAGCAGGCCAAGCACGGGGGGCAAACCCCGUGCCCCCACCAGCCUGCUGUGACAGACCUCCAAUGCGGAGACUCUGGCUUGCCCAAAAUCCCAGCCCUGAUCCACCCCGCUCCAAGGGGGGCUAGGCCUCAGCAAACCACCCCCCUACAGGGGUCUGCUUCCCUCCAGGGGGGCUUUGUGGCAGCUGAGCACCGGGGAGACAAAUCCCCCGGACUGAGGGCAUCACCUUGUGCGGGAUGGGGGGAGGCCAGUCCCCAAGGAACAACCGCAGGCGUGAGAGCUGGGUGGCCACCUCGCACAGGGCUGUGAGCUGGCUUUGCUCUCCCCCCUUCCCCUCCCCAGCUGCUCCUCGCCCUCUUGCAAACCAUCCGCCCCUUGGGACAUGCAAACAGAAACCACCUUCCUAACCCCAAGGGUGAAGAAGGAGAAUGUAUCAAAGAAGCCUGAGUGAGGCCAACACCAAGACAGCACCCCACAGCCCACAGUUCUGUUUUCAUGGAAAUUGAAAAAUUACAAGUUUAAAAAUAAAUCCCCAUGUUUGGUUCCAGUAGCUCGGGACACAGCCCCAGGCAGGUCCGGGCUGCAUGAGUCUGCGCGGUGCUUCACUGUCAGACACGGUGCCCUCACAAGGUUGUAUCUUGGCUCAUCCCAUUUAACAGUGGGACCGGCUGCAAGCCUGGAGCUGCUCACAGCUCGCCUGGCCUCUCCCCAUGCUGAACAGCAGAAACCCCGCUGCUGCUGCCUGCUUUCAUUCAUUCCUUGACUAGUGUCUUGUGGAGGGGAAGGGGGGCAGGUCUGGCCUCGUUUCCCAUCACUGGGAAGAUGCAGCAGCCGUGGGCCUGCGCUGCCAGCCCCCUGCCACUGCUCGCCAAAGGGGAAUAAAGUCUGUGAAGCACAGCUGAGAGACGCAGUGAAGUCUAACGUCAUUAGCAGCUGGCACACAGCACAGAAUAGCUCAUUAGUGAGCAGAAGUGGGUCCCAAAUAAAAGCUAUUUCAGCAACUGCAGGAAGUAAUUGGUUUAAAGCUAAAAUACAUUUGUUUUUCACUCAGGAGAAGCUCCCUCCUGCUGGGGCAGGCAGCUACACUGAACAGGAUUCAGCAUUAAGGCUUCUGCCUCUGCCAUGCUGACAGCAGACAGGUGGUUUUUGUUUUUUCUUUCUCCUUUGUGAUUUCUCACCUCUGAGGCUCCACAUCCCCUCAGGGCUGCGAUGCCUUCUGCUAAUUAAAGGAGUGGCAGAUUUGUUAGGUCCAGCAGGCAGGCAGAGUUGCUGAGUGAGCAGGAGGGAUGGGGCUCGCAUUGGUGGCAGAGGUAAAAGCAAUCGCAUGGAAACAAGCCCGGCCAGCAU